AAAAGUAUUCCUGCGGUAUUGUUUUUCUUCGUAAAAAAUGUCAAUUUUUAUGUUUGCUGAUAUACUGUAAUUGAAUAAAGUUUCAUUUAACUGCUUUUAAAAAAAAUAAAACUAAUGAAGCGCUAUACCUACAAAGAAAAUGUACAAUAAAUUUUUUCUUACAUAUCAACAUUAAUGUUAAUAUAUUAGUACAUUAUGUUAAUGUAUUUCGUUAUAUAUUAACUUAAUCUAUGUUAGUAAAACGAACAUGUCAUAUUUGAAAUCCAGUAAAUGUAACAUAUGUAUAUGCGAUUAGAAUCUUAAUGUAAAAAAGUUUCUCUAGAGGAGUUAGGAUGUGUAUGAUGCCAAGUAUGUUUAUAAAAUUUCCUAUAUCGAUAUAAAUAAAGAAAAAACAAUUUACUAUUGAUAUAAAAGAGGAAAAAAGUAACUACUAUUCAUUGCAAUCUUGUCGGUUGGAAUGGAAAAGCAAAGGAUCCUCAAGCCUUAUCUGGGUGGAUGGCGACAUAAAAUUACCGGAGUAGAAUAUGUAAAUGCAACUUCGCAGACCGGACCUUUGUCAAAGCGAGGACCGCGGACGAAUAUAUGUAGCAGAGCAGUGCAAUGUGCGCAAACGAAUGAUGGAGCGACACAGUCCCUGCGUCAUCGUGCAACGCAAAUGUGGCGAGAUGACUAUUAUGUACCCAACGAGGCGGAUAAAUACAAGACUGUAAAGUCUUAUGAGAGCUACGUCGACAUGCACUUACGACUCAAUUUAGAUCGGCACGCGCGUAUAAUUCAGAGAAAUUACCGAGCAUACAGGUGGAGGAAAUACAUCAAGGAAUGCGCGCUAGCUUAUCGCGACAUGCUUGAGAAAUGUAAAAGCUAUGAAGAAGAAAAAGCUAUUGCAAACAAAUUGCGGCACAAGCAGAAUAUUCUUCGUCAAAUAUAUCCGCGAUCGAGAGCGGACUUUGACAUGCUUUACGGUCUGGUUGAAGAUUGGAGAACCGAUCGUUUGACGGACAUAAAAACGCGAUUGUUCAAGGCAGGCCAGCGUGCCGAGAAUUACAGGAUUUUAGAAAAGACGGUGGAGAUGUUUAAUCACAUCGAUAAACAUAAACAAGCGAUCAAGAGAUUACACCGGAAACAAAGGGCUCUCAGAUUUUUAACAGUGAAUUGCAAGCCAAUAAGAUGGCACGGUUACAAAGGAAAACUCGUGGAGAUGGUCACUGUGAAAAUUCAAAAGGCUCGGGAAUUCAAAGAAAUUUAUAACGCACUGGACAAUCGCGAUAUUAAUUCGGAGGAACGGAUGAAAUUAUUGAUAACAUUAAAAGAAUCGGUUGAGAUGCACAAUUGUGUCGAGGCACUUGACUUUUUGUCUUUGCUGGAUCAGGAGAUUGCGUUGUUAAAUCGAAAGAUUGAGGGCCUAUCGCUCGAUUAUUUAAACGAAAGAAUAACGCAUAGCUAUUUGAAUUUUGUGAGAAUGCAUGGAAUUUGCGGAUGUGUCACUGAGGAUUCUAAAGACAACGAAUUGCGCGAACCUUUAGAAACAGAAACUAAAUUUUGUCGGAGUUGUUUAAGGCUUCUCCCCAUUCGUACAUUUUUAUUACAUACCAGAAUGAAAAAGCUAUCAAUUUGCAAGAGCUGCAGUUCUCUAAGUCGGCGUAAUAUUGCGCACGUGGAUUACGAUCCUUACACGUUUAUACUAAAUUGCGUGCGAGCUGAGGAAGAACGUCUGGGCAGCGCUUCUGCUUUGGCGUUUAUGAUGCAAGAGCAGGAUAUCUAUCACUUAAUCAAUCACAUUUGGCAAGGCCAAUCGGCAGUCAGUAAGACUAGAGAUCUUUUUAUUCUAAGAAUGGUCAGAUAUCAGAGGGAUGUCGAAUGGGCGCCUUGGAAUUGCAUUCUUCUGACGAAGGACGAAGCCGAUGUACAUUAUUACAUUAAUGAUUUCGCUACGAUAUAUUCGAAGCAUUUGAUAAGUCAAAUUGAUUUGAGACAUCGGAUUGCAAAGAAUUAUUUUAAACAGCUGAUUAUUUUCGAAAAAGAUUUCCGGGAGUCUUGCCGCUUCUCAGAGAUUCAGAAUGGGAUAAAGUAUAAACCACCAGUAACUGUGGAGAAUUACGACCCAUCUAAAAAAUACAAACUAUGA